AUUUGUUUAUGGUUUCAAAUUGUAUUUUUGAUGAGAUGCGAAUCUGUUUGUCUGCUAUCGAUAUUUUAUUACUAUAAAAUUAGAAAGAAAAAGAUAUAUUUUUGAUAUUAAGAUUUAAAAUGAGAGGUUAUGUUCCUUAAGACCUUUUGCCUUAGUUACCAUUUAUUUUAGGGCUUAUGGUUUUAGCAAUUUUCAUCGCUUACUGGAUUUUUAUCUAUUAUUUCUAAGCAGAUCAUUCGGACAACGAUAAACUAAUCAUUUAUUUUGCCAUUGUUAGUGUUUUUAUGUUUUUUUGGAGCUUUAGAAAGGCUGUUUGCACUGAACCAGGAUAUGUUCCCAAAGGAAAUAUAGAGCCUAACGAUGAGUAACUUGCAGGAUUAAGCGACCAGGAAAAAAGAGAAAGACGCUAUUGUCCAACUUGCAAGCUUUUUAAACCUGAGCGUGUUCACCACUGCUCUUAAUGCUAGAGAUGUGUUUUGAAUAUGGACCAUCAUUGUAUCUGGACAGCUAAUUGUGUAGGAUUGAUGAAUAGAAAAUAUUUUAACUUGGUUCUAUAAUGGGGCACAAUAUCAUUAUUAUUUGGUGCUUUUUUCGGUGCAAGAUAUGCUUAUAGAACAAUUGAAGAUAUAUUAUUUGAGACAGAAAAUGAAAGAUGGGUAUGGAUGUUGUUUCACUGCUUCUGCCUCUUGAUCAUAGUAGCUGGAUUCUCCAAUUUUAUCGGUUUGCUGAUUUUCAUGUUGACUCAUUUAAAUUAUAUUCUCAAUAAUGUUACUACCUUAGAUAGUAUGAAGGGAUCAAAAUCUUCAUAGUACUCAUUCGGUAAGAUUGAAAAUUACAAAUUCUACUUUGGCAAAAAUCCUUUGCUAUGGUUAGUACCCGUUGGGAAACCUCUAGGGGACGGAUAUAGAUGGAAUAAAAAUCAUAAGCAAGAUGAAGAGGAGGAGAGAUAAUUGUGAUAUUAUAUAAAUUAAUGUAAUCUAAAUUUUAUUUAAUUAAGCAAAUAAUAGCAUUUAUAUGACAGAUAAAUGUAAUUCUUUAACAUUAUUAAAAUAAUAAUUAAUUGAGUUAGUAAUAAGUAUGAUAACUCUAAACCAGUAAUUUCACAGAAAUUAAUUUAAAUAUUUUAGAAAAUUUUAUCUUAAUUCAUCAAUACAAAUUUAUUUUUAAUCUAAAUCAAAUAAA